AUGCCAAUGCUAGAACCACAUUUAAAAAAACCUAGCAACAAAGGUCUGCCGUUUGCUCCAGAAAUAAUGAUUCUCGUUACGUUGAGAUACUAUGCUAAUGGGAGUUUCCAAAAACUAGAUGGGGAUGUCAUGAAUAUAUGCCAACAGUCAGUAUCAAGAAUCAUAACUACUGUGUCUAAUUCAAUAGCAUUACAAAUGAAAAUGUUUGUAAAAUUUCCAUCUACAGUGGAAGAUAUCAAUCAAGUAAAACAAAAGUUUUUUGAAGUGGCACAAUUUCCUGGAGUGAUAAGAUGUAUUGACUGUACACAUAUUAAAAUAAGAAGUCCUGGUGGAAUGUCUUCUGAAGUGUAUAGAAACAGAAAGGGUUUUUUUUCAAUCAAUGUACAGGCAGUAACAAGACCUAAUUUAGAAUUUUUUGAUUUGGUUGCACGUUGGCCAGGUAGCACACAUGACAGCUUUAUAUAUAAUAGCAGUUCUGUCAAACAAAGUUUAAACAUUGGAGAUUUACAAGGACAGGGUAUGCUACUUGGAGACAGUGGAUAUGCAGUCAGCAGUGUGUGCCUAACACCAUUUUUGUCACCUAAUAGUAUUGGACAAGAAAUGUAUAAUAAUUAUCAUAUUGUUACGAACUUGGGGUUCGAGACAAUUAAAACUGCCGAUUGA